CUCAGUAAAAAGUAGUGGAGGUAGUAUUAAUUCUACGUGGAUUAUUUUUUGGGUAAUAGGAAUUUAUAUAUAUCUAUCAACAAGUUGGCUAAGCAUCCAAGGAACAGAAGCGUGAAUCACUGCUUGCUGAAAAUUACAGAUCAAAAUCAAAAUGGCAGUGGUGUGGUUUCUUUUCCUCUUCUUACUCCUAAUUCUUCCAUUUCUUUCCUUUUCUCAUCUACAGAAAACCAUCAAAACAAGAAAGAUUCAUAGCCCUCCAGGCCCUCCGGGACUACCUUUCAUCGGAAAUUUGAAUCAAUUUGAUAGUUUAAAACCUCAUCUUUUCUUGAGAAACCUUUCCAAAAAGUAUGGCCCUCUCAUGUCACUCAGGCUUGGCGCACGGAAAGUGCUCGUAAUUUCAUCAGAAAAAACAGCGAAAGAAGCCCUGAAAUCAAAGGAUCUUGUGUUUUCCAACCGGCCGCCGCUUGUUAGCCUCCGAAAAUACUCUUACAAUGGGAGGGAUGUCGCUUUCUCCCCCUACGGCGAAUAUUGGAGGGAAAUGAAAAAGGUUACGGUUCUUCAUCUCUUGAGCCCGAAAAGGGUUCAAUCCUUCCGGCCGAUCCUUGAAGACGAAGUUUCCAUUUUGAUGGAUGAUAUUUCGAAUCUAUCGCAGUCUUCUCAAGCAAUCAACUUAAGUUCGAUGCUUUUGAGUUUCAUGAGCUCCUUUGUAUGUCGAAUCGCAUUUGGGAAGAAGUUUGUUAAAGAAGAUCACGUUCAGAAGAGAAGAUUUGAACAGAUUUUGCAUGAAUGCCAAGCCUUGCUCGCCGGGUUUUUUGUCUCUGAUUAUCUUCCUUUCUUGAGCUGGAUGGAUAAGCUUUCGGGGAUGUUUGAGCGUCUUGAGAAGAAUGCCAAAGAAUUGGAUUUGUUUUAUCAAGAACUCAUAGAUGAGCACUUGAAUCCAAACAGGCCAGAUGCAAUGAAAGAUGAUAUUCUUGAUCUUUUGAUUCAUUUCAAAGAAGAACAAUCAUCAUCUAUUGAUUUUUCGUGGGAUCACAUCAAGGCUAUGCUCAUGAAUAUAUUUGUGGCUGGGACCGAUACAAGUUCCGCUUUAGUUACAUGGGCUAUGACUCUCCUGAUGCAGAAUCCUUCUGUUCUGAGGAGGGCUCAAACUGAAAUUAGAAAUUUAGUUGAAAAGAAAGGAAUAAUGACAGAAGAGGUACUUGAAGAUCUUCCUUAUUUGGACGCAAUAUUAAAAGAAGCAUUCAGAUUGUAUCCUCCAUCACCCCUCCUUGUGCCAAGAGAAACUACACAAAACUGUACCGUAGAAGGAUAUGAUAUUGAAGCUAACACUAUGGUUUUCAUAAAUGCUUGGGCUAUUGCUAGAGAUCCUGAAACUUGGAAAAAUCCAGAAACAUUUGCUCCUGAGAGGUUUUUGAACAGUAGUGUUGAUGUCAGGGGAAAUGAUUUUCAAUUAAUUCCGUUUGGAGCCGGAAGAAGAGGUUGCCCUGGAAUUCCCUUGGCAUUAUCUACUGUGAAAGUUUUACUGGCUAAUCUUCUUUACACCUUUGAUUGGGAGCUGCCAUUUGGAAUGAAAAUAGAAGACAUUGAUACCGAUAUGCUGCCAGGGAUAACGAUGCAUAAGAAAAGUCCUCUUUGCCUUGUGGCAAAAAAAUAUGCUUAUUAAUUUAGCAUUUUCAUUUCUUGGUGUAAAUUAUUAUUGCAUAGUAAUGUAAUACUUUGAUGAGAAACAAAAUGUAUAUAUUGUCAACAUGCUUUGAGAACGCUAGUUACAAGAUUGUUGUAUUAUUGAUUUUUUGCGAAUAGAGUGAAUUUCGUGUUUCAACAUUCAAGUGAUGGGCCAACAACAGUUUAUCAUAUUUAUGGCCUUCUUGGCUGCUUUUUGUGUCGGAUAGUUCAGGAUGUGGAUGAUUUUCAUUAAUACAUGAGACAACUUUUAUUAUGGC